CCACUGAGCCGACAAUGGCUGAGAAGGGUGACUGCGUCGCCAGCGUCUAUGGGUAUGACCUUGGUGGGCGCUUUGUUGACUUCCAACCCCUGGGCUUCGGUGUCAAUGGGCUGGUGCUGUCGGCCAUGGACAGCAGGGCCUGCCGGAAGGUGGCUGUGAAGAAGAUCAUCCUGAGCGACGCCCGCAGCAUGAAGCACGCGCUCCGGGAGAUCAAGAUCAUCCGGCGCCUGGACCAUGACAACAUCGUGAAGGUGUACGAGGUGCUGGGACCCAAGGGCACUGACCUGCAGGGCGAGCUGUUCAAGUUCAGCGUGGCCUACAUUGUCCAGGAGCACAUGGAGACCGACCUGGCGCGUCUGCUGGAGCAGGGCACGCUGACGGAGGAACACGCAAAGCUGUUCAUGUACCAGCUGCUCCGCGGGCUCAAGUACAUCCACUCCGCCAAUGUGCUGCACAGGGACCUGAAGCCCGCCAACAUCUUCAUCAGCACAGAGGACCUCGUGCUCAAGAUCGGGGAUUUCGGGUUGGCAAGGAUUGUUGACCAGCAUUAUUCACACAAGGGUUAUCUGUCAGAAGGGCUGGUAACCAAGUGGUACCGCUCACCGCGCCUGCUCCUCUCCCCGAACAACUACACCAAAGCCAUCGACAUGUGGGCCGCCGGCUGCAUCCUGGCCGAGAUGCUCACGGGGAGGAUGCUCUUUGCUGGGGCUCACGAGCUGGAGCAGAUGCAGCUCAUCCUAGAGACCAUCCCUGUGAUCCGGGAGGAGGACAAAGAUGAGCUGCUCAGGGUGAUGCCUUCCUUCGUCAGCAGCAGCUGGGAGGUGAAGAGGCCGCUGCGCAAGCUGCUCCCCGAAGUGAACAGCGAAGCCAUCGACUUUCUAGAGAAGAUCCUGACCUUUAACCCCAUGGAUCGCCUAACAGCCGAGAUGGGGCUGCAGCACCCCUACAUGAGCCCAUACUCAUGCCCCGAGGACGAGCCCACCUCACAGCACCCCUUCCGCAUUGAAGAUGAGAUCGAUGACAUCCUGCUGAUGGCUGCCAACCAGAGCCAGCUCUCCAACUGGGACAGGUGCCCUUGCAGGUACCCUGUGAGCCUCUCAUCGGACCUGGAGUGGAGGCCGGACCGGUGCCAGGACACGAGCGAGGUGCAGCGCGACCCGCGCGCGGGCUCGGCGCCCCUGGCGGAGGACGUGCAGGUGGACCCGCGCAAGGACUCGCAGGGCAGCUCGGAGCGCUUCCUGGAGCGCUCGCACUCGUCCAUGGAGCGCGCCUUCGAGGCCGACUACGGGCGCUCCUGCGACUACAAGGUGGGCUCGCCCUCCUACCUGGACAAGCUGCUGUGGCGCGACAGCAAGCCGCACCACUACUCAGAGCCCAAGCUCAUCCUGGACCUGUCGCACUGGAAGCAGGCGGCCGGGGCGCCCCCGAGCUCCGCGGUGGCCGCCGACGCCGGGCCGCACGAGGACGAGCCGGCCAGCCUCUUCCUGGAGAUCGCGCAGUGGGUCAAGAGCACGCAGGGCGGCCCCGAGCGCGCCAGCCCGCCCCCCGACAGCCCCGAGCGCCGCCUGUCUGCCUCUCCGCCCGGCCGCCCGGCCCCCAUCGACGGGGGCGCCAGCCCCCAGUUCGACCUGGACGUGUUCAUCUCCCGCGCCCUGAAGCUCUGCACCAAGCCCGAAGACCUGCCGGACAAUAAACUGGGUGACCUCAACGGCGCGUGCAUCCCCGAGCACCCCGGCGAUCUCGUGCAGACCGAGGCCUUCUCCAAAGAAAGGUGGUGA